AUGCACUACUUGAUUAAAUAAUUGUGCAAACUUUCUAGCAUUAGUCCUUCUGACAAAUACUCUUUAUUCAGGUAUUCCAAUCGUUUAAGGCACGAUUCCAACUAAAAACUUGAUAAUCGUAAAUUGACCUAAAUCUAGUAUAAGAGUUAGGAAUAGCUAUUUUAUGGUCGCGUUUUGGAUACACAGAUGGCUACAUGUUUAAAAAUUGUUAUGCUAUCCUAAAACAGUAAAGAUUUAAGAUUGCUCUCCCUAGCAACUGAAAUACUUGUUGUAAGGCGCUGUGGAACGCAAAUCUUUGUGUAACUUGAAGAAUCUUUUCAUCAAAAUGACAUCAAUUCUAUAGGCUUCCUCUAUUCCUGUAUUAAUAUACCAUCGCCAGCUUAAGACAUUAAAUGUUGUAAUCUUUUCUCUUGUAUUCCAAGUAAUUUUUAUCAUCACCCUCAUGCACAACAUGUAUAAAUCGUUGAGUAAUUUUUACAUUCCCCCCAGCUACUGAAUUAAGUGCAUCUGUCCUUUAUGCUCAUUUUACUAAUAUUUGCCUUUUUAUCAUGUAAAAUUUUAAUUUGCACAGCUAAUCAAAUUAUAUUGCAUUACUUAUACUACUUUUUCUGUUUAAAGUUUGAUAAAGGAGAUGAUAGCAUUAAAAAAAAGUACAUCAAGAUUUUUUCUGUUUAAUUCAAAUCUAUGAUAAUAAUCUUUCUAUAAAGUAAAUUCUACAUAUAAACUCAAUUUAAUUUAGUCUAAAAAUUACUUACUUAAAAGGAUAAAAUAGUUGAGUAAUUCAGUAUUCCAGUUUUUCCUUGA